AAGAAAGUGGUCUCCAACCGACACCAACCCCUCCCUCUCCCUCUCCCUCUCUGUCUCUGUCUCUCUCUUCCUCAUUUUCUUUAUAUUAAUCUCUUCUUACUCUUCUCAAUUUCAGGGCUCGAUCUCACCUCAUCAGCUCUCUCUCUCUCUCUCUGACACACAAACACAAAUCACAAUCUCCGAGCCCAGCCCCCACAGAACUCAAAAACAAAAACUUGAAUUAUAUAAACAUUAUCUUCAAUAAUGGCGUCACCGCCCGAUACAAGUAAAACCAUGAAGCUGGAGAGAUACAACAGCUAUAUCCGGAGAGUAAACAGCACAAAGCUCCUCAACGCCUCCUCCAAGCUCCUCUUCCGCGCCACUCUCUUGAUCGCCCUUGUCCUCAUCCUUUUCUUCACUCUCAACUACCCUCCUCUCUCUUCCUCUUCCGACACCCCCAAUACCCAUCACAGCUUCCACCACCACAACUUCCUUUCUUCCGCCUUCUACGGCGGCGGCGGCGCCACCUGGGAGAAGCAGGUCCGCCACUCCGCCACUCCCCGCCGCCAGAACGGCUUCUCCGUACUCGUCACUGGUGCCGCCGGAUUCGUCGGGUCCCAUUGCUCGUUGGCCUUGAAAAAGCGCGGCGACGGCGUUCUCGGACUUGACAACUUCAACAAUUACUACGACCCGUCUCUAAAACGCGCCCGCCAGGCACUUCUUUCGAAGCACCAGAUCUUCAUUGUCGACGGCGACUUAAACGACGGCCCUCUCCUAUACAAGCUCUUCGAUGUCGUCCCGUUCACCCAUAUCCUCCACUUGGCCGCCCAGGCCGGAGUCCGAUACGCGAUGCAGAACCCCCAAUCGUAUAUCCACUCAAACAUUGCCGGCUUCGUCAACCUUCUAGAAGUUUCCAAAUCCGCCAAUCCCCAGCCCUCCAUAGUCUGGGCCUCCUCCAGCUCGGUCUACGGCCUAAACACCGACAACCCAUUCUCCGAGCUCCACCGCACCGACCAACCGGCGAGCCUCUACGCGGCCACUAAAAAGGCCGGAGAGGAAAUCGCGCACACCUACAAUCACAUCUACGGACUCUCCCUCACCGGAUUGCGCUUCUUCACGGUGUACGGACCGUGGGGAAGACCGGACAUGGCGUACUUCUUCUUCACCAAGGACAUCUUGCAAGGCAAGACAAUUGACGUAUACAAAACGCAGGAUGAUAAGGAGGUGGCGCGUGACUUCACGUACAUCGACGACGUCGUGAAGGGGUGUUUGGGGGCGCUCGACACGGCGGAGAAGAGCACGGGGAGCGGGGGGAAGAAGCGGGGCCCGGCGCAGCUGAGGAUCUACAACCUCGGGAACACGUCGCCGGUGCCGGUAGGCAAACUUGUCGGGAUCUUGGAGAGCCUGCUGACCACGAAGGCCAAGAAACACGUGAUCAGAAUGCCGCGGAACGGGGACGUGCCGUACACGCACGCGAAUGUCAGCUUGGCGAAUAGGGAUUUCGGGUACAAGCCGACGACGGAUUUGUCCACCGGGUUGAGGAAGUUCGUCAGGUGGUAUGUCAGUUAUUAUGGGAUUCAGACGAGGGUAAAAAAGGAAAAGAAUGACCAUUCCGAGGAUUCCACUUGAUAAUAAUAAUAAUUAUUUUUUUAUAUAUUUAUCAUCAUGGUUUUUUUUUUUUUUUCUUGAGGGGUUAAGUUAUUGUUGUGGUCCUGUGUACUGCAUCAGAAUUGUUACUUCCAAGCUGUUCUUCUUGUUAUUGUUGUAGAAUAUAGAUAUAAAACUGGAUAUAGAAGAUGAAGAAGAAGAUAAAUGUGAAUGAAGAGAUGAAAAGACGGGUGUAGAUCUGUGAAUUGGGUGGGUGGGGGGGAGAGUGUGAUAAUAAUUUUUGGUGGGGUCUGCUAGAAAGGAUGUGGAUCUCAGCCAUUGGAUUGAAAUUUAAGAAAAAAAAACAAAGGGAAAAUAAUUGUAAUUGAACAGCAAUCAAUCAUGAUCAUGAGAACAAAAGAAUCUUCUUUGCC